UUCACCCCUCUGCUCUUCCCGCGUUCCAGCCGCUUCACUAACACAGCUUGCUUAACUUUCCCAAAGCUACCAUGAAUGUGUGUGCCGGUCCGCGGUACCUGGGUGGACAAAGGGCCUUUUCUUCUGUUUCUGUCAUUGGUGGCCUUGGUGGUGGUCAUGGCAGCUGCGCCGCUGUGUGCCAGCCAGUUGGAGCACAAUGCGGACCUGGUGGCUACACCAGCAUGAGCCUCAAUAACUAUGGUAGUGGAGGCCGAAGAAUCGCUUACAGUCCGGGCUACGGAGGACACAUCUACGGCGGCAUGGGUGGGCAGAGCAUGGGGAUGGUGGGUGGCAUGGGCUAUGGAGGCUUUGGAGGAGGCUAUGUUGAUGUUCAGGGACAGCUUGGAGGUUUUGGUGGGAUGGGUGGUAUACCAGGCAGAGGCAAAGGAAUCCGACGAGUCAGUAUCGAUGAGCGUCUCUUGAGGCCCAUUUCUGUUGGAGUUGAUCCAGAGGAGCACAAAGCACGGGCACAAGAGAAAGAGGAGAUGAAGACACUUAACAACCAGUUUGCUUGCUUCAUUGAUAAGGUCCGAUCUCUGGAGCAACAGAACAAAGUACUUUCAACCAAAUGGGAGCUGCUCCAACAAUGUGUCCAACCUACAAGGAAGAACAUUGAAGGCUACUAUGAGAAUUUCCUCGCCACCCUUAAGAAACAGCUGGAGUGUGUCUUGAACGAGCGAGGGAAACUGGAGCACGAACAGAAGAACAUGCAGGAACUAGUCGAGGAAUACCGGUCAAAAUAUGAAGAUGAAGUCAACAGGCGCACAGCUGCAGAGAAUGAAUUUGUGGUGCUCAAAAAGGAUGUGGAUUCUGUCUUCCUCACCAAGGAAGAGCUGGAAGCUAAAGUAGAUGUGCUGGCACAGGAACUGGAAGCCCUGAGAUGUGUCUUUGCACAGGAGUUAGUUCAGUUAGACCACCAAAUCUGUGACACAUCAGUGGUUCUGAAAAUGGACAAUACCCGAGACCUGGAUAUGGAUCUUAUCCUGAAUAAUGUUGAAGCCUGGUAUCAGAAUAUUGCUCACACAAGCAAGCAAGAAGCCGAAGCUUUUUACCACAACAAGAUUGCAGAGAUUCAGAAUCAUCGGGGCAAAUACAAUGAAGAGCUGAAAUGCAACCAGCAUGAGAUUAUGGAGCUCAACCGAGUAAUCCAGAGAUUGCAAAGUGAUACUGAUAGUGCUAAGAAGCAGGUUGCCGGUUUGCAGUCAGCGAUCUGUGAUGCUGAGCACCGUGGCGACGUUGCCCUGAAAGAUGCCCGAAGCAAGCAUGCUGAUCUGCAGAAUGCCUACCAGCAGGCCAAGGAUAAGCUAGCUGGCCUGCUCCGGGAUUGCCAGGAGCUGCUAAACACCAAGAUGGCCCUAGAUAUUGAGAUUGCUACCUACAGAGCAUUGCUGGAAGGAGAGGAGAGCAGGAUAUGCACAGGAAACCCUGUUAGUGUAUCUCUGAUGAGUGGAGGAUACCCAGUUGGCGAAUGCGUACCUGGAAUGGGAGCUGGAAUGGCAUAUGGUGCUGUAGGGAGAGGAGUAGAACAUGGCAUUGGGGUUUAUGGUAAUGUGGCUGAAGGGUUCACUAAUGCGAGUGCAGGAUGUAUCCACACCAUGGGCUCCAGAGCUUCAGUUAACCCAGUAGGCAGGUCAGCAUCGGUGGGUUAUGGGAUGGGACACACCUCUGGGGUAGGCAGUGGUGGCUUUAGCCCCACAAGUGGCGGCUAUUCCUCCAGCGUGUCCAGCAAGCAUGUGGUGACCUCUGGAGGGGGAAGACACAGCUCAGGCAAGUCUGGAGAUAGCAGUAGUGGGAAUGGACACCAUGGAGUAGGUGGAACUCAUCAUGGAGGAGCAGCAUCUGGAAGUACCGGGAAGCUGGGAAGGCAGAGCUCUGGAGGGUCUGGACAUGGAGGCAUGGCAGGAGCUGUGCUCAGUUCCCGAGGUGAAGGCAGUGCCGGUGCCAGAAGUGUGCAUGUCUCAUCAGUCGGUUCCACAUCCAGAAGAUAUUAAGGCCCAGUUAGUUAGUGGGAGGAAUGAUUUCCAUAUGACAGCUGCACAAAUCAUUCAAUUCAUGGCUGGUAGCAGCCAUGAGCUUGAGAAACAGCCGUGCCAAACAGCCAUGUUAUGGUUAGAAGAAAUGUUUUUACCCACAAUAGUUUCUUGUGGGUUGGUGUAGCUUGAGUUCAAGUGGUUUGGUAGUUGUCUUUAGGAAUAAGCUUGGCUAUUCAAGCCAAAUCCCCACCCAGUUUUCUUAUUUCCCCCUUUUCUCCCUGGGUUUUCUUGCAACUGUCUCUAUUAGGACCCAUAGCAUUUGAAUCCAGAUUCCUAAUCCCUUGUUCCACAGUGCCCAGCAAAGCAUUUCAGAAAGGGAAGCAAUAUGUUAACGGUCCAGGAUGGGAUUGCAAAAAAAGAAAAGAAAAGAUAAAAACCCAAUAGACCAAAGCAGACCAAAGCGUACAAGAAAUGAGUGUUGUUACAACCAGACCUGCAAAAAAUUUAGGAGGAAAUUGGCAUUCCUAGUACUGCAUGGCAGAAACUCAGGAAGAAAAUCCAAAUUUUGAGUCCACAGCAAAUUUUCAAGAUUUUGGGGAGGAGGGGAAUCUGUGGGGGUGUAUCAGUGUCAUGUCUGUAUGUGUUUAUCAGUGCUUGGAUUUUGGUGGCAAGAAGGGCAUUCCAGCCACAAAAAAAGUGAGGGAUGGAAUUCAAAGAACACAUUCAAAAUCUUUGUAAAACCAAUUUAAAAAAAAUCUGUUUCUGCAUAAAUUGCAAUAAAUCCAAGCAUUUUAUGUGCUUCACCCACAGUUCAGUGCAUGCAUUACUGUUCCAUUUGAGUUCUGGUUGCAAUCCUCCUGUGCUUUUCUAUAGCUACACAGGUAUAAUGUCAGUGCCUAUGUUUUGCUUCUGAUCAAGAACUCCAAGCCCUCUUCUGUAUUUUUAAUAAACUGCAUGCAUACGUCUAGCCUCCUGUCUUGCAUAAAUGUUUCUCCCUUCUCUUCCCCCCUUGUGAGAUUACCACAAAUUGCCCAGUUGUAAUCUAUAUACAUUGGCAUAGCUGUGUGCGUGAGACCUGGUCUACAGAGCUAACCCAGAGAGGUGGUAGAGUCCUGAAGUGGGAAAAUGGAUUGUAACACUUUAGAAUGCAUGCAAAGGAAUCAUAUUUUCAGUGUUCCUGUGCAUGAAAUUCCCUGUAAGUAGAAAUCUAGUACACAAUUGGCAAAAUUUCCAGCUCAGCUCUCCCUCUGAUGCACUAGGGACUUAACGGGGUGCAUAUUUUUGUUAACAUGGUAGACGAUUCAAAAUGAUAUCCUCACCUACAGCCUGAAGUGGUACAAUCUGUCCUUUCACAUCAAGACUCUAUCAACCCACUCCCCGCUAUUUGGCUGCAUAAGUAGACCACACCAGAAAACACUAUAUUAAAGUUGCUGUAGCUAUUGCUACGUUCCAUUGAAAGAAAGAAAAAGACAUUCUGGAACUGCAAGUCUAAGGACAAAUUCACACAAUCAAAACUGUCUCCAUACAAAGUGACUUCAGCUUAUGCCGGCUAAUGUGAAGAAGACGUCAGACUUUACCCAGUCUGUCCAUGGUUACAGCUACAACAAUUUGACAAUAUUUGGUAGACGGUCACUGUAAUUGUAUUGCUUGCUGCACCAGGUCACAAAUUUCUUAUGUCUGUGCAAUCACAAUCAAAGAGAAGCUUUU